GGUCGCGUUUGGUCUCUGGGGCUGCCCCGCGUCGGCUGGCUUGUCGUCGGCAAACCUCCCUCCCUGGUAUGAAUGAGGAGCCCCGCCUCUAGCGGCAGGUGGGAUGGUGUGGGCAGCCUAAUGGCCUAGGCAGCGCACUCCCUCCUCGGAGCCGCACGCCGUCGCGUCGAUGGCGUGGGGAGCCUGUUCAGUCCCCGACGUGGUCAGGCCGGCGAGCACUGCCCUUCUUACCGGGAAUUUGGGCCGUUUGCGACAACGCCAACGCCAAAACGCAGCGGCUAGCGUUCAUAGACACACUAGGAAUCACUCGAAGCUCGAGCAAGCGGCGAAGCCUCGAUACUCGUGCGCAGUGGUCGUUGAACACUCGCUGAGCAGCGCUAGUGACUCACAAGAACUGCCACACCACGCUGCCGCCGCCAGCCGCUGAGCCGCAGUGCACCUAGAGCGAGCGAGAGCACAGCUGCACAAGCUCCCGAGCGACCAUGUCCGGCGGCUUCGAGGCCAUGGGCCUGAGCCCGGAGCUGCAGCGAGGCAUUUAUGACGUGGGCUACACGCUCCCGACGGAAGUCCAGGACGAGGCCAUCCCGCUGAUCCUGGGCGGCGGCGACGUCAUGGUCGCCGCGCCGACGGGCAGCGGCAAGACGGCGGCCUUCUCGUUACCUAUCUUAGAACUGGUGCACGAGAAGCUCAAGGAGCCCGAGGCGCCCGCAGCGGUCGAGGAGGCACCAGAGGCGCCGCCGCCGCCGACGGGCCCUCCUGCAUUAUCUACACAAGACCGCGACGCUACUUUAGCCGUAGACAAUGACCGGUGCCAGUCGCGUUCAGAAAGGUGGUCCGGCGGCCGCUGCUCGCAAGGAAUUGCCGCCAAGAGUGGCAAGUACGCCUUCGAGAUCUGUGUGGAGGACGAAGGACUAUGCAGGGCGGGCUGGUCAACCCAAGCGGCCUCGUUAGACUUAGGCACGGACAAGAACGGCCUGGGCUUCGGCGCGACGGCCAAGAAAAGUCACAACCGCCAGUUCGACGACUACGGUACGAAAUACGGCAAAGGCGACGUCGUGACGUGCGUAUCUCGGCGUCCCGUCGUGUGGAGGCGCCUUCACGCCAUCGAUGCGACUCGUGUCCAUCUCACCAUGAAGUGGGUGGUUUCUUUUUCGAAUUUGAGGCCAUUCGGACCGAGUCGAGCGACCGCUGCUCCGCGCAGGUGCUGGCUCGACCUCGACGUCGAAGGGGGUAGUUGCGGCUUCGACGUCAACGGGAAGUCGUUUGGCAAUGCCUUCGCACCGUUACCGCCAGCUUUACAAGGUGUAGCUCUCUUCCCGGCGGUCGCGAUGCGGAACGCGCAGCUGGCUGUAUCAUUUUCGGAGCUGAAGUUCCCGAAAGAAGGGUUUGUAUCCGUAGCGGCGUGCCCCCAGCUGCAAGCGGGCCUUCGUAAGGACCAGAACGAGUACGAGUCAACCAAAAAACGCCAGAAAAGUGGCCGGUCGGUAUCGGCCAUCAUCCUCGAACCGGCUCGGGACCUGGCGGAGCAGACCCACGACUGCAUUGAGUCGUAUGCUCGUUAUUUGCAAGACCCGCACAUCAAAUGCGCGCUGCUGAUCGGCGGUAUAAAUACAAAAGAAGCCGAACAAGCUCUCAGGAAUGGAGAUGUGGAUAUCGUGACGGGCACGCCUCUCAAGGUCUGGGACUUGGUGAAGCGAGGCAUCAUGGACGUCGACGCCUGCCGCUUCUUCACGCUGGACGAGGCGGACCGGUUCAUCGAGACGGACGACGUCGCGACGUGCCUCAAGAUCUUCGAGAAAUUGCCGAAGGGCGCGUCGGCGACGGCGCGCGACCGGCGGCUGCAGGUGGCCUUCUUCUCCGCUACUUUGCACUCGGAAGCCAUCAAGGAGUUGUCAAGAAAGGUCUGCGACAACCCGACGUGGGUCGAUUUGAAGGGCGAGAAGCACUUACCUGACUCUGUGAAGCAUUUAGUGGUACCUGUGGAUCCGUCGUCCCUCGAUAUUCGAGAACUAGCCAAGCAGUCUCUAGAUGACGACAAACGUGUUACUACUGAUAGUGUCCACCGCAAGGGUGAUUUAGAUAAAUUUGAGGCGCCGUCACUGCUCAAGGGCGACGUCAAGGCCGUGUUGGAGACCUCGCAAGAAGAUUCAUCAGAGGUCGUGAAGCUCGCCAAACCGGCUUUGUUUGUCAAAUUGUUCGAUUCCCUCAAGAUGGAGCAGUGUUUGGUGUUCUGUCGGACGAACCUCGACUGCGACCUAUUUGAAAAGUACCUGAACAAGAUCGGCGGUAGUGGUGGUUUCAGAGGAAGGAAGGAGUCGGGGAAAGAGUCGCCCUACGCGUGUUGCGUGUUAGCUGGCAUGCGCUCGAUGCACGAGCGGCGGAGGAACCUCGAGGCCUUCAAGGCGGGAGACGUGAAGAUUUUGAUCGCGACCGAUGUGGCAGCUAGGGGUAUUGAUGUUGUUGGAUUGCCUUGCGUGGUCAACGUGACUUUGCCUGAUGUUGCCGAGAAUUAUGUUCAUAGGAUUGGUCGAGUUGGGCGAGCCGACAAGGUCGGAUUGGCCGUGUCUCUCGUCUCUACCGUAAAAGAGAAGGUCUGGUUCUGCCAGCGGGGCAAGAAGCCGCCGCAAAAAGACACGCGCGAAUUUGAGAAGGGCGGCAACUGCGUCUGGUACGACGAACCCGAGUUGCUGAAGGGCGUCGAGGCGAAGUUGGGUCAACAGGUGCCGCGCAUGGACGCUCAGGAUUUAACGUUGCCGCCGGAAUUGCGAGACGUGGUCUUCGGCGAGGUGCGCGAGGGUACGGAGGAAGAAGAUAAAGCUCGGACGGCGCGGCUGGCGAACAUCGCGGGCGACGUCGACAAACUGAAGGACAUGGAGGUGCGGUCGCAGCAGGCCUAUUUUAUGUUGAGGGAGCUGACGGCGGAUCCCAUGGAGGUGGGCUAGUUGCUAAGGAUACUAGGACAUUGCACUGAGUCCCUCACAGGAAGGUGAAUAUUUACGUCCGGGAGGGGUGGGGGACGUGCGCUCAAACGUCCAGCCCGCACACGUCCCGGAGCCGCCCGAG